AUGACAUCAAUAAAUGCCGCAAGAGCGGAAAAUCGGCAAAUGGUAAAUAUGGAUAUCGAAGCAAUAGCUCGAAUUGAAGCUGCAACAAAAGCACUAAACGUCACAAAAAAUAAAGGAUAUGAUGAUAUUAUUAUUUCAGAAAGUAAAUCGUUCAGUGGCAGUAAAAAAGAAAUCAGCCAGAAAAAAGAUAACAAUGUGAUGCAAAAAAAAGAAAAACCACCACAACAACGACAUGAAAAAACAGAAAAAGCAAUUAUAUUGCCCGCAACGGAGACAAACAACAAAUAUUCAGAUAAAUUAGCUGGGAGAAAACCAACGGAUAUCAGAGCAUUAAAACGUUCAAGGUCAAAGGAGAAAAAUAAUAGAAGAAAAGGAUGUUGUGGUUGUUGUUCCAUUUCAUGA